UUCCAUGUAUUGAAUAUGGCGGUAGCAGUGUUCCUGUCGCUAUUCAACCAAGCGGGAACAGCUUGCAAGCUACCACCCACGUCAUGGAAGCAGACACGUGCCUGCUAACGCCAUCUGUGCCCCAGAGGUCGUCCAUUGAACUGCGGUGUAUAUAUCUCUGUAGCAUUCUGCAGCUGAGGGCACAUCGGAGCACCAUGCGCAACAGAGGAGGUGUUCUCGUGGCCUUGCUCUGUGUUUGGCUGCCUUCGGCGAAUUCCCAAAACGUUCAAGAUGCUGCUGUCGCGGAAGCAGCAAAUACAGCACUGCAGGUGUUAUGGCAGCGGAAUGUGGACGAGUCAACUACAGACUUGAGAAACCCACAGAGCCUGAACAGAGUGAGCCCUCCGCCAAGUGCAGUGCUCAGGGUAGCUACGCCUGAAUCCACCGAAGUAGCGAACAUGGCCAAGGUCUUUGAAGAAGUGGCAGUGGCACUGGUUGCUGGAGGAGCUUCCCAGUCUCCUUCCACGUUUCGUCAGAUGAGCCUGCCACCCUUUCUGCAAGGGCUACGUGAAAAGUACUGCGACGUAAAUUUCACGUGCAAUCCCAAUUAUCCAUACAGGACGCCAGAUGGCUCCUGCAAUAAUCUCCAUGAUCCCGGUAGGGGAAAGACAUUCACCUGCAUGCGACGGCUGCUUCCGUCAGAGUACGCUGAUGGUAUUCGAGAACCCAGAGUCGCCAAGUCUGGCAAUCCUCUUCCAAAUGCACGUAGGAUCUCGUUCACGGUGCACGCAAACAGGAAUGUGCCAUCACCCGAAAUAACCCAUCUCGUGAUGCAGUUUGGUCAAAUCGUCGAUCAUGAUCUAGUCAUCGCACCGCAGGAAGCAAAUCCAGUCAAUCCUCAGGUAGCAUUGGAUUGCUGCUUGGUGGAGACGCAGAACUUCUCGCAAUGCUUCCCAAUUCCUGUCCCGGAGGAUGACCCAUUUUAUCGCCAAUUCGGUACGACUUGCUUGCCCAUCACUCGCUCGCAACCAUGCAGUCGCUGCGUCAUAGGGCCUAGAGAGCAGCAGGUCGUGGUGAGCUCUUACAUGGACGCAUCACAGAUUUACGGCAGCUCCCAGAGAGUGAUGGACAGCGUGCGGCUUUAUGAAAAUGGACUCCUUGCAUUCCAGCUUGUGAAUAACCGCGAGCUGCUUCCGGGGGCCACUGAUCCUUUGAUGGACAGAUGUACGCGUUCCAGCGGACAAGUAAACAAAUGCUUCUUAGCCGGCGACGUGAGAGUGAACGAGCAACCUGCGCUGAUGUCUUUGCACGUGAUAUGGCUACGACGUCACAAUGACGUUGCUCGGACGCUCCAGAGGCUGAACCCUUCUUGGGAUGACGAACGCCUGUUUCAGGAAGCUCGCCGGGUGAUUGCAGCCCAAUUUCAAAUCGUCAUGUAUACGGAGUGGCUGCUUGUGGUGCUUGGUCCUGAAGUGAUGGCGCAGUACGGAAUAACGCCACUGCAAUGUGGAUUCAGCGAAUACAACGCCAUGUUGGACGCCACCCCUCUGACAGAGUUUGCUACCGCCGCCUAUCGUGUGGGGCAUACUCUUAUCCAAGAUUUCUUCAUGUUUAAUAACAAGUCCGGAGAGGAGCACUUCUUUCCCCUCAAGGAAAACUACUUCUUCCCGUUCAGGCUGUACGACGGAGAACUGGACCCGAUUCUCCGCGGCCUUACAACGCAAAGCAGUCAAACACGUGACAGGUUUAUGGUGGAUGCCGUGACGAAUCAGAUGUACCGUCUAAGAAAUGAAGUACUUGGCUUGGAUCUGGCCGCAAUCAACAUUCAAAGGGGUCGUGACCACGGCAUUAAAGGCUAUGUAGAACACUUUGAAUACUGUACUGGGAACCAGAUAACGAGCUUUGACGACUUACGUGGGCUGAUCCCUGAUGACAUCGUCGACUUGUAUGCGCAACUUUACGAAGACGUCAGAGACAUCGACCUCUUUUCGGCUGGCAUAACCGAAAUCAGACUUCCUGGAUCACUUGUUGGCCCAGUGUUUGCCUGCAUUAUGGGGGAAACGUUCCACGUGUUAAAGUUUGCCGACAGAUUCUUCUACGAGCACGGAGGCCAAGUCGGGUCCUUCACAGAAGGUCAGUUGAAGGAACUCAGGAAGACAACGUUCGCAAAAAUACUCUGCGACUAUGGCGAUGACAUCACACAUAUGCAGAAAAAUGCGUUCAGGCUCCCGUCGGACAAUAAUCCUGUGGUUUGCUGUCAGGAAAUUCAAGGAAUGAGCCUCGACCCAUGGAAGGAGUGAGCUAACAAUGGUGUGCUGGUCACUGAGCGACAACUUACCUUUCGGUUGCUCUCUGUUCGCGGCUAUAAGAAGGUGAAACUGUGAAAAAUAAAUAAAACUCAUUUGA